AUGGCGACUCUGGACUACGUCGACGUACCCGCUGCCGCAACCCGUCUAAGGGCAGCGUCGAUCUCAGGAUUUGAAACGAACGAGAUCAGGCCUGCGCCCAAGAUUACAACAAGUCUUCCGAUGCCCUCUCCACCCCCAUCUCCUUCAGUUCUCAGACGUAGAGCCUCAUCAAUGUCCCUCGAUUCCCUGACCUCUCCAACGCUUUCCUUCCUUCCACAGUUAUUGCUGUCAUCUUCGCUGCCUUCUAAUCCUCUGGGGAGCCCAGGUACAUCGACGCCAAAACCCGUAGCAAAGAAGAAGGGCGAGCCCACCAAACCAACGCUAUUAUCAUCCAAAGAUCCGCUGUCGCUCCCGAUAACGACCAACAACUUCAAGCGGUUCGUGGCGAAGGUUGGGCCAGUGUUUUGGUUGCAGGAUAGGAUAGAGGAGAUCCUUCUAUGGAAGAGGGGUUGGAAAGUGACAACGGUCUGGAUGUUAGCCUAUGCUCUGCUGUGCUACUUUCCUCGUCUCAUUCUGCUAAUACCCCACAUCUCACUCAUCGCCAUCAUCCUUGCCACGUAUCCGUAUCCCUCCGCUCCCGGUUCGGACCCCUUGUACACGUCAUCAGGAUCCGAACCUGCCGAGAACGAGGCUCUCCCUCCGCCACCUACAGAGGGUUCCAUACCCUGGCAAGCCAACAUCCAAGGAAUCCAAAAUUUAAUGGGCGCCUUCUCCGAUGCUUUCACACUGAUCGAACCAUACACGUACCACCUCUCCCUCUCCCCAGCGCACUUCUCCGCCACUCGCACACAGGGAUCAAUAUCCACCCAUCCAUCGCCUUCUUCCCAUUCACCAUACACACCCCACAUUUUAACCUUCCUCAUCGUCUCCUUCCCGCCCCUUCUCUUCCUCAUCUCCCUUCCCGCUUUCCCAAUCCGCCAAGUCUGCCUCUUCGUGGGCCUAGCGCCUUUCGCAGUGACGCACCCGUACGGUCGGGCCCUUCUCCCAUUUAUCGGGCCAGCCCUUCGCGAUCUGACCCCUAUGGUAAUCAAAAAGGCGAAGGUGGUAAAAGGGCGAAUUACAGCUGCAGCGAAACGUCAACAACAACCCCAGGAGGACGUCGUAGAAGACGAUUCCAAGGGCCUUCUUUUGCCAGUUUCGAUGAUGGUACAGCGUUUAGUGGAUGACGACCGGUUGACGGAUGUCGUUUGGAACUCGGAGUUGAGGGAAGUGGAGUUGUGGGAGAAUGAGCGAUUUGGUGGAGCCCAGGACACACCGUCUCUAUCAUCGUCGACCUCAGGACCAUCACCACCCCAACGAGGGUGGAGUAAACAGAACCUCAAGCCCAACGAGCGUAUGGCAUGGACCAGGGGGCGAGACGGGUGGAGUGGUGGCGUCGAAGGUAAUGGGGAAGUCAGUUUCGCGUGUAGCAGCAAUCUGACCUUUUCCCUAUCUGAUGGAUGGGCGUUCGUCGAGACGGAGGAUUGGAGGAAGGAUUUGAGUGGUGAUUGGUCGGGGUGUAGUGCGGAUGGAGAUGGCUGGGUGUAUUCGAAUGAUACGUGGCAGAACCCGCGGCCUUCACCCUACGUUGCGGGUGGUGGGAGUGUGACGAGGAGGAGGCGUUGGGUCAGGCGGGUGUGGUUUGAUGCAUCAAAAGUAGGCUCGUCACCAGCCGUUAUGGUCAGAUACUGA